AUUGUUAGUUGAAUUUAUCUAAGUUAAAGUGUAGGAAGAAGUAUUUCAAAAUGCGAGGACUUCCUAGUUCUUUGGUCCUUCAAGCCUUGUUGCUGGCCGUGAUGGUUCAUCAGAGCAUUCAAACGCGUUACUUAAACGCCACCGACGAUAUCUGUCGACUUUUCAAGGAUGGUACCCAACUCUUGAAGCCCGGAUCCUGCAGCGAAUCGAUUAUUUGCCAAAACUUUGAAUCAACACCAGGUAUAACGUGCUCGGGCUCUAAACCGUACUACAGUAAGUCCAAGGGUUCAUGCCAAGCGUCCGCGGAUACUUACUGCGAUACAAGCAAAAUAUGCAAGGGAUCUGGAACGGGCUAUAUUGGUGAUACCAUAAAUUGUGCCAACUGGUAUUACUGUGAUGCGGAUGCGUUGUUGGGCAAAGGAACAUGCAACCUGGGAAUGUACUUCGAUCAAGUAAGCAAGAGUUGCGUUUAUUCGGAGGACACAGUUUGUGCCGCCAAAUAUGAGAUCUGCGACGUUGCGCCCGUAGGCACACCAUUCCGCGAUGAUGCCAACUGCCACAAGUACUAUACCUGCAGCAGUAAGAGCCUGGUGGAAAAUACAUGCGAAAAUGGACUGUAUUACAACGUGGCCACCGGAACUUGUGUGAGGAAAAAGGACGUUAUCUGCGAGAACCAUCCGUUGCCAGAUGAGGUGUGUGGCAACAAGAAGCUGGCGGUGCGCAACAAAUUCGUUUCAGAUAUGGCCACAUGUCGCGGAUAUUACUACUGCCGCGAUUUGGGAUCCGGUAUCCCCGAUACCGAUCCCAUAUACCAGCAGUGUGACGAGAACAACUUCUUCAACCAGGAGCGACAGGCGUGCAUGCCGCGCGAGAGCCAGAAAUGCGAUUACGAUAGAUGUGAUGGGCGCAAGGAUGGCUUCGAAGUGGCCGAAAUCGAUGGAUGCCACCACUACAUCGAAUGCGUCGAUGGCCGGGAAACGACUCCCAUAAGCUGUGAGGAUAAGUAUUUCGACGUUGUCACGCAAAACUGCAGCUCAACUCACUUAGUUUACGGAGCUUGUUCCUCUUAACUGCUAGGCAUUUGCCAGCUGUUCGUAAAGUAUUAAUUAAUUGCAAAUAAAAAACCAAUAUCAGUGUACAUACAUG